UGGUGUGGUAAUGUGUGUAAUUUACUGGCACUCAGAUCACGGUGAAGAAAAGGGGAAAUCAUGUCUUCACGCCUUCUAAUUACACUUCCCUUGACGAGUGCAGCUGCUCAGAAUCAAAUUAAAACAACAACAAAUUAAGAGAAGACAGACAUGAAUUAAAUAUAGAAAGGAAAGAAAGAGAACGAAAGAAAGAAAUAUGAGCUCCACAAAACAUCUCAUUCUGAUACUAUUUUUUGCACUGAUCCCAUUUGCAGAUCUCACAGAUAAGCCAGCUAAGGCUGUAUUGACCCUGGAUCCCCCCUGGGCUGUCAUAUUUACUGGUGAUAAAAUCACACUGAAAUGUGCAGCUGAUGAUUUUUGGUACUUUAAAUGGUACCAAGCUAGGAAAAAAGAUUCGCUGAACAAAAUCAGAGCUGAGGAAUACACAAUCAACACAGCUGCUGUGUCCCACAGCGGGGAAUAUACCUGUAAAGGUUAUCAUUUAUCAGAAUCCAUCUUGAGUGAUCCUAUUCACAUAACAGUAUCUGAUGAGCGAGUGAUCCUGCAGACUCCCCCCCAGCCUGUGUUUGAGGGAGAUGCUCUGACUCUGAGGUGUCGUGACCGCUAUAAUUCUGAUAUUACCAGGGUUGUCUUUUAUAAAGAUAAUAAAGAGUUACAGUCCCAGGCUGACACAGAGCUGAGUGUGGCUCGUGUUUCAAAGAGUGACGAGGGGUCCUACAAGUGCAGAGCGUGGAGGUGGAGCGCCUACCUGGGUGACUCUGCAGAGGUGCGGGUGUCAGUGAGAGAACGCCCAAAGGCUGUCCUGACACUGGAGCCUGCAUGGACACAGAUAUUCAAAUCAGAGAGAGUUACACUGAGAUGUGAGGUUCCAGGGGAUUACACUGACUGGAGAUUCACAUGGUACAAAGAUGGGUGGAAAGUUUCAGCAACCCAGGAUUACUACAGCAGUAUAGAUGGUGACAAAUAUACAAUUAGCUUUGCUACUAAAGGCCACAGUGGAGAAUAUACCUGUAAAGGUGAAAGGACAGGUAACCCAUCGUACUCUAAAACAAGCGAUGCUCUUACACUGAGAGUAUCAGAUGAGCGAGUGAUCCUGCAGACUCCCACCCAGCCUGUGUUUGAGGGAGACUCUCUGACUCUGAGGUGUCGUGUCCGCUAUGGUUAUACAGCUACCAAGGUUGUCUUUUAUAAAGAUAAUAAAGAGUUACAGUCCCAGGCUGACACAGAGCUGAGUGUGAAUCCUGUUUCAAAGAGUGACGAGGGGUCCUACAAGUGCAGAGCGUGGAGCUCCCAGUACUACCAUUACUCUGGUGACUCUGCAGAGGUGCGGGUGUCAGUGAGAGAGCGGUUCAGCACACCCACUCUGACAGUGCUACCUGGUGCCUCAGUGUGGGAGGGAGAGGCUGUGACUCUGCAGUGUGGGGCUCAGAUAUAUAAACAGGGCACACAGCUGCAGUACCGCUAUAGCAAAGACAAUGGGGAUCUGAUUGGAGCUCGAUCACGGGAGCCAUACUCAAUCCCAGCGGCAGAGCUGAGAGACACAGGGAGCUACCAGUGUGAGGUGGAGGCAGAAGGGACGGGGUUGAAGAAAAGGAGUUAUUCUGUAUCACUGACUGUGAAAGAGAUCCCGAAGGCUGUCCUGGUCCGGGAGCCAGCAGGGGUUCCGAUCUCUGAAUCCGACACCGUCACUCUGAGGUGUCAGGUUCCAGGGGAGCUCACUGCCUGGGGGUAUACGUGGUACAAGGAUGGGAGAUCACUUCCACUGUACCAGAAUUGGAAUGACAGAUACACAAUCACCUCUGCUGCUGUGAACCACAGUGGGGAAUAUACUUGCCAGGGUGACAGGACCGGUUACCCAUUGCACUCGAAAAGAAGUGAUGCUCUUACACUGACUGUAUUGAGACUGAAGUUGUCUGGUGUUGCAUUGCGGGUGUCCCCGAUUGGCGGGGUGGUGAUAGAGGGCACUAGUCUCUCCCUGCUGUGCUCUGUCGCUGUCGGCUCGCUGCCCAUCGUUUUCACGUGGCACAGAGAGGGCAGCCAGGGCCACAUCGCCAGGCACACCGCCGCAGACCAGCGGAGCGAUGAGCUCAUCCUUCUGAGAGCCCAGGAGAGCGACACAGGCUCUUACUGCUGCCAGGCUGCAUACGGAGAGGGAGAGGAAGGGAUCAGCAGCCAGUCUGCACUCCUCACUGUGCUGGUUCCUGUCUCCGCCCCCUCCCUGUCUCUGGUGUCAGGAAACAGCGUCGCCCCCUCUGGUGACACGCUAACACUGCGGUGCGAGUCACACAGAGGGACCGGCCCAAUCUGGUACAGCUUUCAUCACCGUGGCAACGAGGGGAACCAGAGCAGCACGCUUCUGUACUGGACCAGCCUGCCCGGGCCUGGCCCAGUCUCCCACAACCGGACCAUUCUGAACGAAAGUGACUCGGGACAGUACUGGUGUGAUUCCUUCAAUAACGUGUCCCAGGAGAUCAAAACCAGCGAGCGGAUCAACAUCACAGCUAUAGUGCCAGUGGCAGGCGCUAACCUGAGCUCUGCUCUCCCGGAGGGGGGUGUGUGGAAGAACAGCAGGGUGUCUCUACACUGCUCUGUACUUCGGGGGACCAAGCCCAGCUACUCGUGGUACCGGAACGGGCAGCGGUUACACAUCCCUGACCACACCAGGACUUACACACUGAGCGAGGGAGGGGCCACGCUGUCCAUCCACUCCGUGCAGGAGCUGCAUGAAGGAACUUACCAGUGCGUCGCAGAGAACCAGAUCACAGAGAGGAGGACUUUUAACAGCACGAGCAACACUGUGGAGCUCAGAACAGCAACUGCUCUGACCCUCAUUGUCUCGCUGGUGUCUGUCUUCAUCCUGCUCCCUGUGAUCUCAGCCUGCCUGUUCCUAACAGUGAGAGCCCUGAAGAACAACCAGAGCCUCCGAGAAACCAUCGAGAAAUAUGGAGUUAUCAGACAAAAACCUAAAACAUUAAGGGAGCCAGCAGCAUCCCCUGUGGCUGAGAACAGUCACGACAUUCCUGAGACCAGCCAUGCUGCAGAGAGGGAGGGUGAGCUGGUCUACGCUGUGGUCGACAUUAAGAAGAAAAGCAAAGUUAAGAGAGGACAGGAACCCAAGAACAGAAAGAACCUACCUCUUGAAUACUGUGUAACGUAUGCCAAAGUGAAUGACAGAGCCAGCGAGAAGACAAAGGGAGAGAAAGAGGAGUGUGUGUACUCCCUGCAGCACGAGGCAGGGAUAGAGGGAACGAGAGAGGAGGGGAAAGGAAAGAGAGAGGAAGGGAGGGGGAAUGAGGGAGCAAGAGAGGGGAGGACAGAGGGUUUAAUCUAUACCCUACCCAUAAUAACAAGGAUAGAUGGAGUGAGAGAGGGGGGGAAAGGAAAGAGCGGGAGGGAAGAAUGUUUUUAUUCCCUGCCGAGAGAGGUGGGCAGAGGGAGGGAAGGGUGCAUGUAUUUUGAACCCAGGCAGACAGAGAGAGGGGGAGGGGGUGAGAGAGAGGAGGAGGUGUAUUCAUUGCCCAGGGGGGUGGGGAUGUAUUCACUGCCCAGAGAGGUAGAGAGAGAGAAUGGGAGGGUGAAAGGACCGGGGGAGGGAGUGUAUUCCAAUGAGGAGAGUCUGUAUGAAAACUUUCAGCAGAGGACAUGAGA